CGACAAGACGGGCAGACAGGACCAUUGAGGUCAGGGACGGCCACAGGACAUGGAGUUCGGGGUCGGGAACGGUGCGGUCCCUGGAGUCGACGAGGACCCGGCAGCCGCUUUCCUGGCGCAGCAUCAGGAUCAGAUCGAGGGGAUCGAGGGCGAGGAGGGUCUGGAGGAGCCCCUCCACAGCCUGGGCACCGGAGAGUUAAAUGAGGAAGUGGCUGCUGUCAAUGGGGAACCAAGUCAGGAGAAUGACGCUGAUGCCUAUGCAGCCAUUUCACAGGUAGAUCAGCAGAACCAGGAGCCAGACAUUAUUCGCAAAUGGAGAGAGGAACAAAUAAAGCAUUUGGAGGAGUUAGAUGCCAACUCUUGUAAAGCAGAAAUUGAGUGGAGAGAGAAGGCUAAGAAAGAGCUGGAAGACUGGUAUACACAACAGGAAGAACAGAUCGAAGAAACAAAAACCAACAACAGGAUUGUGGAUGAAGCUUUCUACAAACAGCCCUUCUCUGAUGUGAUCGGCUAUGUCACAAACAUAAAACAGCAUUGCUACAACCUGCAACAAACACCUGAGGAGGCAGUGGAGGAGGUCGGUUCAGGUUCGGACUGGGAACGAGUGCUGCUCCUGUGUGACAUGAACUCCAAGAGCAGCAAACAGUCAAAGGAUGUGUCUCGAAUGCGUUCUGUUAUAAUUUCACUCAACCAAAUGCCAUUGGCAACUAAGUGAAAGUACAAGAUAAAAACAGCUUUCAGAUGAGUUAAGUCGUGUUUUUAGUCCUAAUGAGCUGUUUUAACUUGGAAGAUUUGUAAGUGUAAAUUAAAGUUGAGUCAGUGAGACUUAACAUUUAAUGUGGAUAUUUGUCAUUUAGGAUCUCUCCUUUCAUUUGAAAGCCCUUUGGAAGAUUAUUAAUAGCGUAUCUGAGAAGCAAAAAUGAACAAAACAGUUUCUGUUUGAUUUGGUGCGUUUAUUUGUAUUGUGUAUAUUGUGUGUAGAAAGGGUUGGUUUCAAUCCUGUAAAUAAGAUUAGAUCUAAUUGCAAACCUAUGUUCUCGCUUGUCAAAUAAAGUGCAUCAGCAAGUU